AUGUCGACCACCACCACCACGGGUACUACUCGGAACACCACCCAAUUCUCUCAUAUCUCCGUGAGACCACUUCACUCUACUUUCGCUGCUGAAGUUAGUGGUGUAAAUUUUGCGUCUCCUUUGAGUGACGAAGUGUUCCAAGAGAUUUAUCAAGCUGUAACCAAGUAUGGAGUUGUAGUCUUUCGCAGCACUGGUCUGAAUGAUGAAGGGCACAUUGAUUUCUCUCGAAAAUUUGGAGAGUUGGAUGAUGUGACCCCAUACAUUACCAAGGGUCGUCAAAACCGACUCAAACAUAUUGAACUUUUCGAUGUCAGUAACGUCGAGGCCGACGGAACUAUUCUCAACCCCGACAGCUUCCGCGGACAGGCCAACAGGGGAAAUGAUCUUUUCCAUGUUGACUCGAGCUUCAACCCUCGUCGCGCCGGGUACUCGUUACUUCUGGCACACGAGCUUCCUCCACGCGGUAUGGGCGGUCACACUGCAUUUGCAGACACACGAACAGCCUUUGAAAGCCUCUCUCCGGAACUCAAAGAAGAACUUCUAGCCAAGGACUAUGUGGCCUGUCACUCGAUGUUCCACUCUCGAAAGCUGGCUGCGCCCGGGGCCUUCGCUGACCUAGAGCCCCUUGAUUACCCCAUGGGACGACACAAGCUCGUGCAGCACCAUGAAGCCUCCGGCCGUAUGAACUUGUACAUUGCAGCACAUGUUCACCAUCUUGAAGGUGUUGCUUCCGAAAAAUCGCAAGAGCUGUUUGACAAGCUGUAUAAUUAUGCCAAACGCGAUGAAAACACAGUCGAAAUCGAGUGGCAGAACGUUGGUGAUCUGGUCAUCUGGGAUAACACUUGCACAAUGCACCGGGCUGUUGGAGGUCCUUUCCUUCGCAAGUACAAGCGCGAUAUGAGACGGACUACUGUGCAUGAUUCGAGUUCUACUGCGUGGGGAUUGAAUGAGCAUACCAACGUCCGACAAGGCCUUCCUUGA